AUGAAUGAAGAACAUCCAGACGAUGAUCCGUUUGAGCUUAAAGAGUUGGCUGUCAACUAUGAUUAUCUAAUCUAUAAAAUCAAUGACACUAUAGCCACGCUAUCUGAAAAAACGUUUCAAUCGAUAAAUAAUAAGAAUAAAUUGAUAAAUGAAAGUUAUUUAAAUGAUCAAUUACAACUAAAUGAAGAAUUACAAGAUAUAGAUAAACUAAUUACUCAAUCAAAAGAUCUUGAAAUGACGUUCAUGAAACUAGAUCAAUUGAAUCUCUUUGUUGAAGAUUUCAAAUCAAGAAUAAGCUAUUUAGAAGAUGAAUUCGAUAAACUUUGA